AUGUCGUUCAACAUUGAAGGUUCGUACCUUGUGAGACGUUUUAGUGAACUCACUCGCGACGAGAAGAUUGCCGAGCCACUUUCUCAAGGACUUGCAGAAAAAGUAGAUCACGACAUGGAACGGGAGAGGAAGGAGAAGUAUUUCUACGAGGAGGCGACGCAAAAAACAAAGAAGAUCAAUCAAAUAAUAGGAAAUUACGGCCAUGAUCUAUACUCAUUACCUGGCUUCUUAGAAAGGAAGCUUUCGUAUCUGGAGGGAAAAAGUGACAAACUCUCAGUGGCGUGGAGAAACUUCGAAGACAAGCUUAAGCUGGAUAAAGCCGGGGUUCCAACCACGAAUGGAAAUAAUGGCACGGAUAUUCUACUUUUGACAAUAAAGCUGCAACGAGUUAUUUUGCAAAAGAAGCAAGAGUCGAAGGGUGCUAAAGUCAAAAAUUUCCUAAAAAGAAAUGUACAAAGUCUGGAGAAUCACAAGUAUCUGUUUGCAUUGCUACCGAGCGGGGACAAGUAUACCAGCGCACUCACUGGUGCCUUCUCUACCAUAGUCAAGGCAAGCGUAACUCAUACUUUUGACUUCCUCGAAGUUAUAAUUCGUGAAUGGUAUCAUUCGUCUUGGAAACGCUUUUCGAAAACGCUUGGUCUUUCAUUCUUAGAGGAAACCGUUCAAAAGACAGUUCAAAGGUUACAAACAUAUACGACUCGAGUCGCGGCAGAAGAAAGGCAUAUAUCUGAAGAGCAGAAUCACAUGCAACUGUUGCAGAUCGGAAACAUGGUGCAUAAGCUUUUACUGGACAAUAAAGAAUUGAAGGAGAGAUUGAAUGAGAUCAGCCCUCCAACCACUCCAGAAUCGAAAAGACAGAGGGGCUCUGUUGGGGCUUGGAAUCAUUCAGGGGUCUAUGAUAAUAAUCCCAACUCUUCAUUAAAUUCUGGUCCUCGCUGGUCGAAACAAAGUAUGCUUGAAGAUAGCAAAUUUCUUCGUCAAUAUAUACAAGCUUCUGUUGAUGUCGACAGAUUGAUUGUAAUGGGCCAAUCCCUAGUGGUCAAUGCUGAUAUUUCGAUACGAAUCAGACAGUGGAUUAUAGCACCUUCGUCUGGAAUUCUGUGGAUUGAAGGUCCACAUGGCGUAGAACAGCCUGGCCAAAACACUCUGGUGUCGUCUUUUAUUUUGAGGAAUCUUCGGCUUGCUCGUAUUCCAGUGAUGGCCGAGUUCUGUCAUUAUGACACAAGAGAUUGGAGGACGUGGAAUCCAGCAACAGAACUUCUCAAAGUUGUCUAUGGUCUGAUCGGACAAACCAUAGAUAUGAUGGAGGAUGAUAUUGAGACAAAUGGAACAUAUCCCGAUUUCUCCGCCGAUCGUUUCCAGAAAUUAAAAGAGAAUACUGACGCACUACCAGCUGCAAUCCAGCUAUUAGCAGAUCUAAUUUCAGUUGGACCAGUUUUGCAAUUUUGCAUUAUCGAUGGUUUAGAGAUAUUUGAUGGAUGUGAAGGAAGUACCUUGUUCAGAAAGAGAUUCAAAGACCUGAUUGCCCUUAUUUGUAAAUCCGUUGUUGCAAAGUCAUUAUCAGGUCAAGAACGGAUUUUCAAAGCUCUUUUCACAACCAACGGUUUUGUGAGAGAGCUCGCAGAUUGUCAUGAUGCGGAAUCUUUUGUGCGAUUGACAUACGACGAUGAGGAGGAAGACGAGCUUCUCACAUAUCCCUGA